AUGUCGAAAGCAUUAUGCUGUUAUGCAUUUGAAACAUUGUUCACUGAGCUCAAUUUUGAGCUGACCAAAGUGCCUCUAAAAGCGUAUUUCAAAGCUUUACAGGAAGAUGCUAGCAAACUUCCACAGUCUGCUCCACUUUUCGUCACCUGGAAUAAAAACUCACAGUUGCGAGGCUGCAUAGGUACUUUCCAAGAGUUUCCUGUCGAAUCUGGAGUAAGGAAAUUUACUAUCAGUUCAGCAUUUCAGGACCCGCGGUUUUCGCCGAUUUCGACCAAGGAAGUUGCUAGUUUAGAAGUGGACGUGACGUUAUUAGACAAAUUCCAGCCAAUUAGUGAUUACAAUGACUGGACAAUUGGUGCACACGGGUUGAAAAUAUCACUUGAUUUAGAUAACGAACUCUAUCUGGGUACCUUUUUACCUUCUGUUGCAGAGGAACAAGAUUGGGACAAACUUACGACUUUAUAUUACUUGCUAAAGAAAGCAGAUUACCCGGUUAGUAAAAACCUGACUGAAGAGUUCUAUUCAACUGGUUUGAAGGAAGGAUGGUUGAAAUUGACCAAAUACGAGGGAUUAAAGGCACAUCUAACCUACGAUAGUUUUAUCAAAAUAAGGGAGUCCAUCUUGGAAUAA